UCUAUGUCUGCAGCCCAGGAGUCUACGGGGUGAACUGUAAUAAGUUCUGUCACUGCCUGGAUUCAACCUGUGAUCGUUGGACUGGAUUCUGUCCUGGAGACUGUAGACCAGGGUGGCAGGGACAGAGAUGUGAUACCGCUUGCAACAGCACUACGUAUGACACUAACUGCAAGAAAACGUUUGCUGGGCGGAAGUGUUCAGCUCCAAGUUCGUCAUGUGACCGUCACACUGGGGCAUGUGACACAGGAUGUCUUCCUGGUUGGAUAGAGGUUGACUGCACACAAGAAUGUGCCAAUGGAAAGUACGGCGAAAAUUGUACAGGUCUUUGCUCUGAAAGACACUGUGCCGGAAAUUCACCAUGUGAUCAUGUGACUGGGUCAUGUAAUUCUGGAUGUAAAGCUGGAUGGAUGGGUGUUGAUUGUAAAGAAGCUUGCGAUUCCAAUCAUUAUGGACCCAACUGUCAUGGUGUAUGCUCCUCCAGACACUGUGCAGGGAACUCUUCCUGUCACUCAACAGGAACCUGUGACAGUGGAUGUGAGACAGGAUGGACACAGGGUGACUGUACAGUGCCUGUCAACUGUCGUCCUGGAAGGUAUGGACCAGGAUGUACAGAGUUCUGCAGUUCCCGCAACUGUAAAACACCAUCUUCUGUGUGUGACGUCACUGGAUCGUGCCCAGAUGGAUGCCGGGAAGGAUGGCAGAAUGAUGACUGCAUUAUACCAUGUCAGAGCAGGAAGUACGGUUCUAACUGCAGCAAGUCUUGUGAUUCACGUCAUUGCCAAACUGCACCAGUCUCCUGCGACCACGUGACAGGAGCCUGCGCUGCCGGUUGUCAGGAAGGAUGGAUUGGAUUAGACUGUACUCAGAGAUGCAAGCCUGGAACUUAUGGACCCUGAUUGUACUCGUUGUGGAUAUUGUGACGUCACGUGCAAUGUUGGAGAUGGACGCUGCCCCGGAGAAUGUCUGGACGGCUUCACUGGUGACCGAUGUGAUGAGGAUGUUAGAGUGUCUCCUGUUACAAGCGGCGUCAUUGGAGGAGCGGUAGUACUUGUUGUAAUGCUGUUGCUGAUUGGUGGGCUGAUGAUGUGUCUGCUGAAAUCUGGAAGACUGAAAUGGAUAUCCUCACCAGGCACAGGUGUCAGAAAUACAGACACAGGGGCAACUGGAGAGAUUCCUUCUUAUGCGAACACGUCUGGAACGAAUGAACAAGACUACACCGAACUGAGUGAAGUCACCAGGGAGGAGAGAGAGGAGAAGUCACAGUAUGAUAUCAUUCAGAACAAAGUGUAUGGAAACAACCAAAUCUGAGUUGAGAGCAGCGGAUCCUUUUCGAACGUGCUAUGGCAUACAUUUAAUUUUCACAAAGCUGAAUAUGAUCUGUCAGAGAACAACUCUGGAAUAGUGUAUAUGGGUAUACCAUGAAAGAUAUCCAGCCUGAAAUAUGAUAUUAAAAUCUUUUGAGUUUACUUUCGUAUUUGGUAUUUUGUACAUAUAAUAAGUGUUAAUGAGUUGUCGUUAUUGUUAUGGUAUUGUUAUAUUUGUUGUUAGUUUUAUGAUUAUCGCGUUUUAUAUAUAUAUAUAUAUUGUGCAUUGAAUGUAAUUUGCUUUCCUGUAUGUAUGUUACUGAAAAUCAGAUAAUUGACACUUAUAUUUUGUACUGCGAGCAUGAUAUAUACCGCAGAAGGAAGGGCAUAUAAUGAUAUCCUAGACAAAACUGGCAACGAAUACUUUACACAGGAAAGAUUAAAAUGAAAAAAUAUCCCGUUGUACACGUAUGUUGUAUCCGGUCAGUUAAUAACAUGUACCCUUCCUGGUGUCAUUAGAUAGUAUGACUGAAAUCAUGACCACCGAUGUCCGCAGAUGUGAUACUUUCCGAUCUGCAAAUAUACAAACACUGCAAAACA